AUGGAAAAAUCAUCUCGCAUCCGGCCCCGCAGGGCAGCUAGGGCAUGUACAUUCUGUCAGCGACGUAAGCUGCGAUGCGACAACAAGCAGCCGUCAUGCUCCAAUUGCACCGGGUAUGCAAAGGAAUGCGUCUAUGCAUCUGGGACAAGCAGACCACGGUCGACUAAAGCCCGGGUUUCGCACCUGGAAGAGGAGAAUCAGGAACUCCGACAGCGACUGGAAGAGAUCGACAGAAAUGAUGCCAGAUCGGAGAGUACUGGCGAUGUCCGCCCUGUCAGUCCCGAAUUGCCGCGGCUGUCCAUGUCGACCUUGGAUGCACCGACCGACGAUACCAGACAGGCCAAUGCUCACUCUGCAGUAUCGCGCAUCUUGAUCUCUCCCAAUGGAGACUCGAGCUACCACGGACUGACUAGUACGUUAUUUGAAGAUGCCCGAACUGACAACCAGACCGUGCCGUCCGAGUCUCAGAUCCCUGUGGAUCACAUUCGCAAGCAGCUGAUGGGCGAAGCUGCAUAUCAACAUCAGCUGGAAACACUCAAUCUCCAACAGGGAAAGCUGGACUUUGAUGGCGUUGAUCCAGACCUGGGGAUGCAUCUGCUCUCCUUACACUGGAACCGCCAGCACCACUCGUUCCUCAUCACGUAUCGACCUGCCUUUAUGCGGGACAUGGCAUGUAAUGGUCCCUACUUUUCCAAGCUCCUUCUCAAUGCGAUCUACUUUGGUGCUGCGAAAUUCAGCAAUCGACCCGAGGUGCGCCGGGAUCCAGACGAUGUCCGCACUGCUGGAUGGCGAUAUCGAAUGCGCGUCAGGGAAUUACUGGGCGGAGCCCUCGAUCGGAGUGAGAUCACAACCAUCCAGGCAUUACUGGUGAUGACCAGCUCGAUGUUUGCACUAGGUGAUGAACGCAGCGCAGCGUGGUUAUACGCCGGGACGGCCUUUCGCAUGAUUAUCGAUCUGGGGAUGCACGUUGACCCGACGAUGCUGGCAAACAUGCGCCACCUGUCACAGGAAGAUGUCGAAAUCCGCCGUCGCGUCUUCUGGGGUGCGUUUAUCGUUGACAAGAUCCAGUCGCUGUAUCAAGGACGACCGGCUAGUCUGCAGGACUUUGACGUCCAAGUCUCGUUGACGUUCCUGGAUCAGUACGAGGAACUCGAGCACUGGCAGCCGUUUGCGUACUCGACCGUCAUGCCGUAUCCAGGGUCGCCGGCGUAUAGUGUGUCUACGUUUAAAGAACUGUGCAAGCUGUCCGUCAUUCUGAAUGGUGUUUUGAAUAAGGUCUACUCCGAACGGAGUUCAACCCAUUCCCGUAAAGAUCUCAUCGCCAAUCUCACUUCACUCGAUACCCAACUCAAGCAGUGGCAUGCUGCCCUUCCACCUCAUCUACGAUUCCACCCCGGCCAAACCACACCACCACCGCAUAUCCUCUCCUUAUUGGCCUUAUACAACGUCCUCCUCAUUCUCCUCCACCGUCCCUUCGUAGCGGAAGGACAUCUGCACACAACCGACCCCUCCGUCGCCGUCACAUCAUUUACAACUUGCACAACAGCAGCAGCAAAUAUAAUCCAACUACUUCGAGCAUACGAUACCAGCUUCUCCAUCCGCAGAGCACCGUAUCUCAUAUCCUACGCUACGUACGUCGCAGCGACAAUCUAUGUUCGGGUAGCAGCCCAGCAAGAAGGCGGGAGCCGGGCGCAUGUGAAUCUCCGGACGUGCAUUGCCAUUUUUCACAAGAAUCAAGAGACGAAUUGGGCUGUGCGGCGGGCUGAAAAGGUGAUUUUGCAUUUGAUGGAGCGGAUGGGGGUGAAUAUGGAUGUAGAUGAACAUGGUUCACAGGAACGAGCUCUCCCUGAGGAUACAUUUGAGAGAGAUACACACCAGGCCAGACGAACUUCACCAUAUAUGGAGAAUAUGAACGUGCAGAUGGCCCCUGAGACGGAAGCGUUGGACCUGGAUAUGAACAUGAUCAUUCAGAGCUUCAUCCGGCAGCAGGGGAAUAAUCCUGGCGAAUACAUGGAUGUACCUAUGCCAGCUCCGGUGCCUGUUGGUGCAUUUCCCUAUACUGAGCUUCUUGACGAUGAUAUGCUCUUUGGAUUCAAUGGUUCAUUGCAGGAUACACUAAUGUAUCAGUGA